GCAGUGUUGAAGGAGCUGGGCUGGGCAACGGGAUUGCAGGAGCAGCAGCAUCGCUGUUCAUAACCUUCUGCUCAUCGGAUGCUGUUUGCCCCUAGAGCACCUGUGGUGUGGGCUGUGAAACUGAUGACAGGACAAUCCUGCUGAGCAAUUCACUUUGGGAGUUUAGAAGAAUGCCUAAAAUACUCAGGAUGCAUUAAGGGUCACAAGUGAACUUGUCAGGCAGAGAUGAGUCUGACUUCCUGGUUCCUGGUAAGCGGUGGGGGGACACGUCACCGUCUCCCCAGGGAGAUGAUCUUUGUAGGGAGGGACGACUGUGAGCUUAUGCUGCAGUCCCGUAGCGUGGACAAACAGCACGCUGUCAUCAACUAUGAGCCGAGUACAGACGAACAUAAAGUUAAGGACCUGGGCAGCUUAAAUGGGACAUUUAUCAACGAUGUCAGAAUACAGGAGCAAAUCUAUGUCACACUGAAAAUUGAUGACAAAUUGAGGUUUGGAUAUGAUACCAACCUGUUCACUGUUGUUCGAGGAGAGCUGCAUAUUCCUGAGGAGGCCCUAAAGCAUGAGAAGUUUAGCAGCCAACUUCAGCUGAACCAGAAGAAACUUCCAGAGGCAGAAUCAUCCAAAUCGCAGGUGAAACAAUCUGAGGCAGCAGCAGCGCAGGUGUGUGAGGGAGCCGCCGCCAAGCCGAGUGAGGCCAGCAGGUCAGAGGAGAAGACAGCAGGGGAUGUCACAGUGUUGCACAGGGGUACCCCCCUGUAUGGUCAGCCCGCCUGGUGGGGAGAUGGAGACACUGAAGACCAGCAUCCAGGAAAGCCUGAGGACAAGAAUUUAGACCGGAAGCGAGAAAAAACUGAAUCAGACACUAAGAAAAGUGCAGAGAUCCCAAAGUGUACUCUGCAAACAGCCUCCAAUCAGGAGCCUAGCUACUUUGAGAUUCCAACAAAAGAUGAUCCCUCAGCAAGUAAAGUGAGUGGUGAAGCCAUCUCACGAGAACAAGAGGCUGUUGCUUCUGCUGCUGCAGAGCCUGUCCAUGGCCAUGCCUCCUUCACCAUUGAAUUUGACCCAGGGGCUUCGGGUAAAGUAACUGUCAAAGAUCGAGUUCCAAAGGUAGGACCAGAGACCAGGCCACGCCCUAAAAGGGCUGUCGGGGAGGAGCUGAGUCCUCUUCAGACAGCCAUGGUUGCAGCAGAAGUCAAAGUUGCUGACUGGCUGGCCCAGAAUGAGCUGCCAUUGGCUCUGAAAGAGACUGUUGCAGAGGAUGAUGGGGAAAGUGUGAAGAGCGAUGUGCCUGUACACCUGCGUAGUCUCAAAGGCAGUAAACAUGAGGAUGGCACUCAGAGUGAUUCAGAGAAUGCACUAGGCGAACAGCGCAGGGCUGCAGCACUAGAAGAGCGUUCAUGGGGACUUUGGGGUAGCGCAGGGAUGAAGAUCAGAGAGGGCCGUGCAAACGUGCCAGAGGGUCUCUUUGCAGAGGAAGACAGUCCUGCACGUCGUCGCAAACCUUCAAUUUCCAAAGUAACAGAGAGGCGACGCGGCUCAGCACCCCAUCAGCAAAGUGGGCGUGAGGAGUGCUAUCAUCAUGGAGAUGAUUAUAGUGAUAGAGGGACUUAUACCAUUGAGCUGGAGAAUGGAGAUCAUGAAGAAGAAGAGGCUAGGAAGCUGAUUGACAAGGUGUUUGGUGUAGAUCAGGACUCUGGGUGUGUGUCCAGGAUGGGGAGUGUUGACCAAAGAGAGAAACUCACCUCCCAGAGGUCUGGCACUGGAGACAGAGGAAAACCUGGACGCAUAGAGACAGAGGUCUUGUCUGAGGAAUUGAUGGUGGGUGGUCCUCGCUGGGUGUCGCAGUGGGCUACUCUAGCUGCCAGCCACAUUAGGACUGACCCUGAAGGGUCAGGAGGCGAAAGCCACGUCAUGGUCACAGAGGACAGAGCUGAUAUAAGUGAAUCCAGCCACUCAACCUCCUUUGCCUCCACUGGGUACACGGAGCGCAAGAGGAGAACCCUACCCCAACUUCCUGGCGAGGAUCUCAGCCUAGGAAGAAGGACCCCAGGCUCAGGCCUCCGUACAGAUAUGGGGGAAAAACAGGACACAGAGCUACAGGAGAAAGAAAACCAGGAGGAAAAGCUGAGCAGGGGAAAGACUCGACCUGGUCAGUGCACAGGAGGUGUGGGCAAUCACAGUGGCAGCCCAAGUCGCUCCUCACCAGCCAAGUCGCAGGAUAGUGGUGGUGGGAGAUCGAGUCAGUCGGGUGUGUUGACAAAGCUCCCCCCUCGUCCACUGACCAGCGGGGAGAAGAGAAUGGAGGAGGUACGGAGGAGGAAAAAGGAAGAGGAGAAAGCCAAGGAAAGUAGUGGGAAACCACUGUUGAGGCAGGAGAGCUUUACUGUGGAGAAACCAAGCUCCAAUGUCCCAAUAGAGCUCAUACCACGUAUUGAUGCGCUCACAGGUAGAACUCAAGCUAGAGAGACUGGCAUGGACAGCAUCACACUGCAGAAAGAUUCAGAGGCUGUGGCAGCCUUUCUAGAAACCACUGUAUCAGACCAAGGUGAUCCCCCAAGUCAGUCCAUUGAAGGCUCCAUGUCACCAGAGUCAGAUGUUGACACGACAAGCACAGUAAGCCAGGCUGAGGGAGCAAGGAAAGUAGUCCAGAAACGCAGAACCCUAGCAGGACAGCAGAAAGAGAGAACUGUAGUGUGCUCAUCUGCCAAGGGUCCCACUGGUGGCAGGGAGACCCAGGACAAGAGGGUCAAGAAUAGAACAUCUGGUCCUUCACAGACCAACCGUCCCUGGACUUCCCUGGAUCUCACUGAUGAUGAUGUCAACUCCAACUCCCUCCUAUCAGACUCACAGCCCACCUCCACGAAAGACUCCAAAAGCUCACAUGCUAGAGCCCAGGCAGGGAGCACAACUGUAGGGACCAGCACCAAGUCUAGCCGGGCUAAGGUCACUCAGGCUCCUGCCUCCUCUGCCACCAGUAAAGCCACCAGUGUUCCCAAGCCCAGGCCCACCAGGGCAUCCUUGUUGCGGCGAGCCCGUUUGGGGGAUUCCUCAGACACUGAGCCUGCUGAUCUAGACCGGAUGUCUGUGGCCUCCGAGGCCUCCACUGCUAGCUCCACAUCCAAGACAGGCAUGGCAAAAAGGGGUAUGUCCAGGAUAGAGGCUCUGGCACAGCCAAGGAGGCCAAGGGUGGGCUCCCCGUCUGCCCAGAGUGACUCAGAGGCCACUGUAACAAGAAGUAGAGGUCUUGGAACCCGCAGUGCUGCAGGUGAUUAUGGCAUCAGGCAAGGAUUGAGAGGGUGCAAUGUGACUUCAGUGUCUGGACCCAGAGCCAGAGCUAACAGUGCCUCCAAGCUGCCUGACAAGAGUAAAGGAACCUCAUCACAUGCCACACCUGCAUCUGGGACUCGGUGGCGCCGUGUACCCGUGGAGUAUGCGUCCACCUCAGAGGAUGAGUAUGGUUCAAAUCGUCACAUAUCCAAGCAGGGUCACACACGGCUAUUCCCGUCUACUCGAGUAGCCCAGCUUGGAGGUUCAGCUCCAGCAACCCCUAAUCCUGCAGGCCUGACUGCCCUGAAGCAGCACUCUAGGGAGCAGGAUGAAUAUAUGAGAGACUGGACGGCACACAGCGAGGAAAUAGCCAGGAUUAGCCAAGAUCUAGCAAAAGACCUGGCCAUGCUGGCCAGAGAGAUUCAUGAUGUGGCAGGGGAGAUUGACUCAGUCAGCCCUGCAGCCACUGAUCCUGGAGCUCUGUUGGAGGAGCGAGUGUUUGAUGACAGUUUGGACCUGGGUGGCCCCUCCACAGAGCACAGUAGCAUUCUGGGAACCAAUGGGCAGUCUGUGGAGCUUCGACCUCGUGGAUCUGGUGGACAGAGUUCCCGGUCCAUCCGCCGACAGACAUGGAAUAGAGAUGAUGCGGUCCUAGACAGUUUACUGCUAGCUUCUGUGACUCAGCUGUCAACCAGGAUACGCAAAUCUGUUGACAGAACAACCUGCAAAAUAAGGAUCCUCUUCAAGGAUAAAGAACGAAAAUGGGAAGAGAUUGAGACCAAACUGCAAGCAGAGCAUGACUCCUUACUGCUCAAGAGCUCAAACAAGGAAGUUUCAACCAUCAUUCAAGAUCUGAAGAGGGUUGAAAGACAACUGAUAGUGAUUGACAUGAUGGUAGACCCAGAUGGUACUCUGGAUGCUCUGUCCAGUCUGGGCUUGACCAGUCCUCUGGCUGACCAGAAGAUCAGCUUGGGGGCUCAGCAGAGGGCAUCACUGUUACAAACUGAAGCAGCAGCUUCUUCAAAUGCACUCUCCGCCUCCAGGCCUGAAGUACUGUCCACUGAACCCACUGGGACCUCAGACCAUGCAGAGGUGUCAGAAGGAGAUCCAGGGCUACCGCAGAGCUCUAAUUCCUACAACUGACACUCAACAGGGGAAUAAUUCAUAAUGCAUUCUAUAUAUUGGACAUAUCCUAAACCCUCAAAACAGACCCUGGUGUGAGUUUUUUUUUUUGAGAUAAGAUGAGGAGCCGGAGUGAUGCCUUUUAUAUGGAAAAGUCUAUCUGUUCUGUCAGGCAAGCUAAAUUAUGCUAGGACUCUAAAAGUCCAAUGCUGUCAGAGGGAAGCUCUUGAGAUGACAGCUCUAUUAUAUGAAAACAUUACACUACUAAUUGCUAGGCUAACAAAAAAGCUUUGACAUAUACAGUAACCCAUCUGUGUUUCUGUGUUGCAGCUCAUUCUCAUUAUCCAUCAUCCUUUAAAACACUUGAAAAAAAAAAUGACAGAUGUGACGUUAAAGCUAAACUUACCAAAUUCUCUUUUAAUUAUUUGACUGUUUUUGGCUUUAAAUCAGCAAAAAAAGGACUAACCUUUACCUUGCAUUCUUUGCAAGUGACACAAAAACCUGUCGAACCCAAACUGGAAAGGUGCAAUAGUGUCAAAAAAAGGAGCCGAAUUUAAAAGUGUUCUUCUAUCCUGCCAUAGAAUUAUUUAUCAAAUUAUAUAUUUUUGUCCUGUUUGCAAAAGCAAUGCCGAAGGUAGCCUCAGUAAUGAUUUUCCACCAGAAAUGGCCUCAGUGCCUAUUUGCUGGGAAAAGAACUGGGUGUGUGUAUGAUGUACCUGUGUCUUAUUAUACAGUAGUUAAGUUUAAAACUUACAUCCAUGCCUAUUUUCCUGUGCUGAUGAAAGAUAGACCCAGUGUGUUAAUGGAAUCUAUGAAAUCAAAUGUAGCUCCCAAAGUAAGAUUUUUCCUCUUCCUAAAUGUAUUUUGUCACAAGUGCCCUGGAUCAAACAAUCAUCACAGUCUGAGAUAAUAGCGAGUGCAAUGUAUGUGAAAUGGUGAGGAGGUAAAAUUUGUUUGUUUUCACAUUUCUAAGCUGAUAUAUGUUGCUAUUAUUCUCUGAGGGACCAGGAUAUAAUGCACCCUAAUGCCACUCCUUUAUCAUGUUUAUGUUUUCGACCAAAAGCAUGGUUUCGAGCCAGCUGUCUAUAGACAAACGGUUUUAUCAAACUACUUUCUGAUUGCAAACUAAAUGUGUUUGAACCAGCAUAGACAGGGACUACCUCCAGGUCCUGCUUUGUGUUGCUGAACGAUCCACCGUGUAAUGACUGGGUAGGUUUUUCCGAUGUCUUGCCUCAUACCAAUGUUUACAUAUGAAUGUAUCCUGAUCAGAACUGUUGAAUAAGGUUUUAGCCAAAAACAACUUUAAUAAAGAUGAAUAAUUGCAUCUUCAAUUUUGUUUGAGCAUUUGAAGAAUUUUCGU